UCAGUUUCGAAACCCUAAAAAAGCUUUCACAAUUUUCUCUUCUGAACAGUUCUUUUUGGAAACCCUAGAAAAUCAUCCCCGAUUGAAAAAGAUGCAGGAAGAAUUCGUCAAGGUUCUUGGAGAAGGCGCUUACGGUGUUGUUAACCUAAUCCGCUACACUAAUCCCGACGACGGAUCUUCGUAUCUCUCCGCCGUCAAGAAUUCUUACGAGGCAGACUAUGACACUCUCCAAACAGAGUUACAGAUUUUGCUCGAACUCAGGGGAUGUCCCAGGAUCGUUACGUGUUUCGGUGACUCUCUUCAACAAGGUCUUAGCAGUUACGGUAACGAAGUCUACAAACUGCAACUUGAAUACGCUUCUGAAGGUAGCUUACGCGGUUUCAUGGACAAAUAUACGGACAGAAAGUUGCCGGAACCUUUGAUUAAAGAUUUCACAAAGAUGGUUCUUGAAGGUUUGGUGUCUAUUCACGGACAUGGUUAUGUUCACUGCGACAUCAAACCAGACAACUUACUUGUCUUCCCUUCUUCGAGUCAAGAUUCAUCAUACGAGAUCAAGAUUUCAGAUUUUGGUAACGUGUUAGAGGUAGGAGUGGUUCCUAAAUUCUGGGAAUCCAAGUUCCCGUGGGUCGGGACUCCAAUCUACAUGCCUCCUGAGUCUGUCCGUGACGGCUUCGCUAACAAAGCAAUAGAUUUGUGGUCUGUGGGGUGUUUGGUGCUGGAGAUGUACACUGGGGUGAUACCAUGGGAAGGUGUUAAUAUCAAUCUUCUAGCGACUCAUCUUCGUAGUGGUAAAGCUCCUGAGAUACCUGAGAGUUUACCUUCUGAUGCAAAAGAUUUUAUAGAAACAUGUUUCUCGAGGAUGCCUGAGGACAGAGGAAGCGCUUAUGAGUUGCUGUCUCAUCCCUUCUUGCCUCGUCCACAAGUUGAAGAAGAGGACAAGAAGACAGGUAACUCGUUUCUGUUGAAGCUAUUCAAUUUGAGAAUGAUCAGAGGAAGACGUUCCAACAAGAAACCAACGACAGGUGCUGUUGCUGUUUCUGAGAAGAAGCAUCUGAAGUUGAGGUCUUUCCCCACAAAGACCACACAGUUUAAGAGAACUCUGAACAAAGUCUUGAGGUUGAACUUCGAUUUAGUGUCUGUUCAUUAACGUUUACAUAAUAUAUAUCGCUUGGUUAGUAUGUAGUUGUAAGGUUUAGUACAAGUAUGUGGUUAGUAUGUAGUUAUAACUCUUGUUUAGAUUGUACAUCAAGUUUACAUGUCUCAAUGACAAAGUAGUUACUUCUU